AUCCUUAUAUUCCUGUAGUGUAUAUUAUUUAAGACCUUGUGCCAGUAUUCAUCUACCUAUUAGAUCGUUUUGUUAAGAAGAGGAUACUGUUGGCAGCGAAUUCGCGAGGUGCGAUGCCAGCGACGCGCGAUGAGUCACGUAGGGAGCUUGCACAAAGCGACGAAAUCGUGUGGACGCGGGGCGUGGAUCUCUAAAACCAGAAGACCCCAGCACCGUUGCGUCGGGACGCGUGACACGGAUUUCGUGAUGCGACCGCAACGUCGUCGUCGUCGUCGGUCGAACGGCGACGCACGCGAUGCGUCUAAACCGGGAACACGUGAGAACGAGAACAGAGUCCGUUCGCGUACUUAGUUGCUUACAAUACGUAUCCAGUUCCCCCGGCUUGGCUGCAGCACUACGAGCGUGUUGCAUCGCAGCGGCUGGCGGUGACGGUCGCGCAUCGAUCGUCCGCCAGCAGCCAAGGCCGAGUCUUAUUCGGGCAAGGCCAAGGUCGUUGGCUGGCAUUGCCGGCGAGCGAACCGAACCGAACCGUGGCGAGGCGAAGGUGAGCCGAAACUGGAAUCUUCUGUUAGGAUCUGCGUGUAAGACGUUGCGCAAUAAUGACCACCUCGGCGAUGAUAUAAUAAUGGUAUCGCAAACAAUAUUAGUCAAUAGGACGUUUCCUGGUUAGAUAAUGACGGCAAGGUUACUUGAAAAGUAUCAUCGUGCUGAGCUCGGCUCGAAGCUGACUCUUAAUCGACCUAUAAUACGAGCCUCGGUUCUCUAUGGUCAUCUCGCGACUCGCGUUUAAUUAACUCGGGUUUCGUGCGUUCCUCAAUAUAUUUUUAUUCGCCGGAUCGUUUUCAAGCUUGAUGACGUUAUUGCAAACCGAGCCUACAGUCAGCGAAACACUGCGGCGGAAUCAGAUGGAAUUAGAAUCGAAUAGAAUGCGAUUUAAAUAAUUUCAGCAAUUCUAUUUCCUGUUCUCCAAAUUGAUUUAAAAUAAAUUAACUGUUGCUUUCUCAGAAUUUGUUAAAAAUUCCAAGUUUCAAAUUGAAUCAAAUUGUUCGAUAAAGAAGAAGAGAAAUAAUCCUGUCAUCAUUUAUUUCGAUGAAGCCAGUCUAGCGAAUUCAACCUUCAUCUUUU